AUGUGUACUCCUGCGUUUGUAGACGAUGGUUGUGUUAUGUAUGCUAAUCGUUAUCAGCAAAUGAAGAAGCUUGGUAAAGGAAGCUUUGGUACUGCUUAUUUAGUCCACGAUACAAAAUCAAAACAUGAGCGUAAAGUGUUGAAAGCUGUAUUUGUUGGAGACGUACCACAAGAAGAAUCACUUGACGCUCAACGAGAAGCUCAAUUAUUAUCUCAUCUUCGUCAUCCAAACAUUGUUCGAUUUUAUGAUAGUUUCGUAGAUUCAUCUUACUUUUGCAUUGUCACCGAUUACUGUGAGUUAUUUAUCUAUAUUUUUCCUUCCAGUAAUAUAUUUUUAAAACGAAAUCAAGUUAAACUUGGUGAUUUUGGAAUUAGUCGACUAAUGAUUAAUACGCUCGAUAAAGCAUCGACAUUCAUUGGUACUCCAUUCUACAUGUCUCCAGAAGUUUUACGUUACGAGGGUUAUAAUGCAAAGUCAGAUAUUUGGUCUCUUGGAUGUGUUUUUUAUGAAAUGGCGACAUGUAAAAAGGUAUUUGAACGACGAAAUAUAUUACAGACGAUGCAAGCAAUUUUAUGUGAUCCUAUUCCGUCUUUACCACAACGAUUUUCGUCAAAUAUUCAAAAUUUAUAUACUAAAAUGUUAUCAAAAGAGCCCUCACUACGACCAACGGCCUCAGAACUUUUGAGUGAAUUUCAAAAAUUUGACAUUCGUCCACACACACAAAAACUUGCAACAGAAUCACUGACACCUGAUUUAGUCUCAAGAUCUUCCAAUGAUUUACAUGUUCAAGUUCUUCGACGCUCAUAUAGUAAUAGUCCAUUACUAAAAAACCAUUUAUCACCACAAGUAUUGUCACUAAACUCAUUAUCACCUGCUCCAUCAUCUGACUCGCUCGAUGAUGCAACUCCUCUACCAGAUCUUAAUAUUUCUAUUUACCUAUCCGAUUGUAUUAUUUUGCCUAGUAAAUCGAAGGAAUUGGUUGGAGAACAAAAUUUUACAAAAAUUUACAAUUAUCUCCAUGAACAACGUGAAGAACAACGUGAAAAUCCAGAAUUAGAUGAUGAAAAGGUUAUUUCCGGUUUAAAUGAUAUAAGUUCAAAUGAAUAUGCAUGCACUUUAAUCAAUGAAUUAGUUUUAAAUGAAUUAUUGAAUGAAUUAAACCACACAAAACUCGGUGCGGGUAAUUUCGGAACAGCGUAUCUUGUCUCAGAUCUUAAAGCAAAAAAUGAGGAGGUUCACAAAGUGCUCAAAGUUAUUCCUUUGGGUGAAAUGGAUCCAUCUGAUACCGUUGAUUCAGUUCGAGAAGCUCAACUUUUAGCAAAAUUAAAUAAUGAACAUAUUGUUAAAGGCGGCGAUCUCGAUAUAAAAAUAAAAGAACUCAAAAAGCAAAAUAAACAAUUGUCAGAAGAUCAAGUGGUAGAAUGGCUUCUACAAAUUUUAUUAGCUGUUCAACACAUGCAUAAAUCUAACAUAUUACAUCGAGAUUUAAAAACAAGGAAUAUAUUUCUCAAAUCUGAUCAAAUCAAAAUUGGAGAUUUCGGUAUUAGUCGAAUAUUAGUAGGAACUAUGGAUCAGGCUACAACAUUUACUGGCACACCAUAUUUCAUGUCACCUGAAGUUAUGAAACAUGAUGGUUAUACUUCAAAGUCUGACAUAUGGUCUGUAGGUUGUCUUUUAUACGAAAUGUGUACGUUCCAACAUGCCUUUGAUGGUAAAGGUUUAAUGAAUGUUAUAUACAAAGUCGUUGAAGGAAAACCACCAGAAUUACCAACAACAUAUUCAAAAGAACUCAAUGAUGUUGCUCAAAAUUUAACUGUACUCGAAAUGCAAAAACAAAAUUGGUUUAUACCGGCAAAUGAUCAACUGCUGGAGGAAGAAGACGAUAAUACAGCUGUUAGCAGUGAAAUAAAGGUUGACAAUAGGGAUCAUGACACCGAUGUUGAUGAUGAAAUAAAUCUGAGACAACAAUCAUUAGAACUUAAGAGAGAUAUGGACACUAAAGUACAAAAAUAUUCUCGGUUAAAUAUGCACGAAGCAGCUCAGAUAAUUGAAAAGAAUAAAUCGUCUCAAAACAAAUCAGACAAUCGACCGGCAACAUCUUACAAUCGCAAUACGAUUCAUCAAAGUCCAAGUAAACCAUACUCGAGUGAUGAGCGACCGAUAGUACCAUUGAGACGAGAUUAUACACAAAUAACCGAGACAGAUUUCAAUCCAGAUGGAACCCUAAAACAUCCAGAUUAUGAACCAUCUGAUAUAAGUCCAACUCGUGAUCAAAUUCGUAGUACCGAUGGUGAUAGUCGUUUGGAUCGCACACAACGAACAAUGUCUGCAUUACAACGUUCAACAAAUUCGUUAAGUCGUACAAUAAAUCCAAGACAACGACGAAUAAGUCCAACAAAAUCAUCAAAUUAUUUAUCACUUUCUAGAACAAUUGGACAGAAAUCGAACAUACCGUCCGCUGAUCCACCAGUAGAUGAUAGAUCGAACGGAAGGGCUACGCCAUCGAGAAUGAGUAAACUUGACGAUACUAAUCUAACGUUGAGAGACAAUCCAUUACAUGAUGCCUAUGGACCGGUAGCAAAAGAUAAAAAAAUCAAUAACCUUCGAACAAAAGCAAUGAGAACACUUGGAGAAGAAACAUUUGAAAAAGUUUAUAAUUAUUUACUCAAACAGCGUACAGCACAACGAAAUGAUCCAACAUUAGAUGACGUGAAAAUAAUGCGUGGUCUCGAAUCUACAACUACACAACGUGAACCAAUUUCAUCGAUUGAUUCAUGGUAUGUUGGAGGAAUUAUUUUUAUGGUUUUAGUUAUCAUUAUUUUAUUAUAUGCAAAUUUUUAUCGUGAAAAUGCAUUUCAAACAUUUUGGUUAAAAUUAAUGAGACGUUUACAUCUUAGUGAUCCACAAAUACCUGUUCAAACAUCCAUUCAAACAUAA